CUCUCCAGAUCAGAACAUCUCAAGAAACACCAGCAGAGACCCACAGGGAAGAGAAUUCAUUGCUGCUCUGACUGUGGGAAGAGAUUCACCUCAUCAGGCAUUCAAAUUCAUCAGAGAACACACACAGGAGAGAGACCUUAUAAUUGUGUUCAAUGUGGGAAGGGUUUUACUCAGUCAACCAGCCUGAUAUCACACCAGAGAAUACACACAGGAGAUAAACCUUAUAGCUGUGGUCAAUGUGGGAAGAGUUUUAGUCGAUCUGGCUCUCUGACUCAACACCAGAGAAUACACACAGGAGAGAAACCUUAUAGCUGUGGUCAAUGUGGGAAGACUUUUGGUCAAUCUUGCCAUCUGACAUUACACCAGAGAAUACACACAGGAGAGAGACCUUAUAGCUGUGGUCAAUGUGGGAAGAGAUGUACUACAUCUGGCCGGCUGACAUUACACCAGAGAACACACACAGGAGAGAAACCUUAUAGCUGUGUUCAAUGUGGGAAGAGAUGUACUACAUCUGGCACUCUGACUCUACACCAGAGAAUACACACAGGAGAGAAACCUUAUAGCUGUGGUCAAUGUGGGAAGAGUUUUGGUCAAUCUGGCCACCUGAAAAUGCACCAGAGAAUACACACAGGAGAGAAACCUUACAGCUGUGGUCAAUGUGGGAAGAGUUUUGGUCGAUCUGGCCAGCUGACAUCACACCAGAGAAUACACACAGGAGAGAGACCUUAUAGCUGUGGUCAAUGUGGGAAGAGUUUUACUACAUCUGGCUCUCUGACUCUACACCAGAGAACACACACAGGAGAGAAACCUUAUAGCUGUGGUCAAUGUGGGAGGAGUUUUGGUCAAUCUGGCCAGCUGACAAUACACCAGAGAAUACACACAGGAGAGAAUCCCUACAGCUGUGAACAAUGUGGGAAGAGAUGUACUACAUCUGGUUCUCUGACUCUACACCAGAGAACACACACAGGAUUGAAACCUUAUAGCUGUGGUCAAUGUGGGAAGAGUUUUGGUCGAUCUUGCUCUCUGACUCUUCACCAGAGAAUACACACAGGAGAGAAACCCUAUAGCUGUGGUCAAUGUGGGAAGAGUUUUGGUCGAUCUGGCCAUCUGACAUCACACCAGAGAACACACACAGGAGAGAAACCUUAUAGCUGUGAUCAAUGUUACAAGAGAUACUCUGAUAAAAGGUCUCUGAUCAAACAUCAGAAAAUACAUACAUGAAGGAGUUAUUUCGUGAUAUCAGUGAAUUUAUGUCACAAAGGAAUUUCACAAUGUAGAACCCUAAACGUUUGCCCCAUUCAAUUGAUUUCAGCGUGAUAUGGAUAUUAGUCUUGGGAAAUAUCCAGGCUCUGAAUUGAAAGAGUACUUUUUAUGUGAUUUAACAAAAAGUGACUAACACAAUAAGAGCUGUGUUACACUUACCAUGUUAGUGACCCACUUGAAUCAAAAUGCAACAGUUCAAAAUGUGGCCAGCUGUUUUCUACAAAUUGUCCUCUAACCAGUGAUGUUAACAUUAGUCCCAGAUGUUGUGUGGGUUUUGAGCUUUUAGUUUUAACAGAAUGUGCAACCUCAUCUCCCUCCUGUCACACAAUUGAUUUCAACAUGAUAUCGAUGAGUGAUGACAAAUAAGUGUUGUGUUCCUUUGUUUAGCGACCCCUACAUUUAAAUGCAUCACUCCAAAAUGUAGCUGACUGUCUUCUGCAGGUUGUCCUCUAAACAGUGAGGUAAAAGAUAUCUCUCUUUCCAUGUCUUUUUUUAGUUGUGUUAGUUUCAACAGCAAGUACAACCUGAUUUCCCCCUAAUCGAUAUCAGUGAUUUAUUUCUACUUGUCAAAACAACAGCGUUUUUGGUUCUUCUGCAGUUAAUAAGGUGCUUGUUUUUUUAAUUAAAUACGAUUAUUGUGGCAGAUGUUUGUGUAUAUAGUACAUUUUAUGUUUUCAAUUUAUCACAAACUGUUUUUGCGUUUGGACUAUUGAUUUGGACACGUAAAGACUGUGACAUUGGGGCUAUCCCACCUAGCAAAAUGUUAUUGAAAAUAAUACUAUGCCCGAUCUACAAUAUAAGUUUGGUUUUAGUUGAAAAGAAGACCAUUUAAUUUCAAUGUACUUGCAGCCUGUACACAUGAACGCAGUAUAAUAAAUCUAUAAUCAGUUUUAGGGACAGGGGUCCAGCUAGUUAUACACAUGGACGCAGUAUAAUGAAUUGAGUCUAUAAUCAGUUUAGGGACAGGAGUCCCGGUAGUCAUGGUAAUAUGGAUCCGCUAGAGGGACAACUUCCUGUUGGAAUAUAUCAUCAUAAAUAUUAUGGAUUUUAACAAGCUUAAAUUCUUGUUAAUCUAACUGCACUGUCUGAUUUACAGUAGCUAUUACAGCGAAAACAUGCCAUGCGAUUG